AUGGAAAGUAAUAAAAAGACAAACAAAUAAAUUUAAUAAUUAAGUUAGCAAAAUCAUAAUACAUCUUGUUUGGCAGAUAAAAACUAAAAAAAUGAAAAUAAAAUUAAGAGUUUAGGAAAGUUUAAAGGAGAUAAUUCUAUUCUAUAACAAAAAAAUUAAUAAAAUACUUUUCAUACAAGUAUUUAAUUCAUCAAUAAUAAAACGGAGGUUUCUUCCAUUAACCAAUUUGAUAAUUCAAUUUAAAUCGAAAAGGUAAAUCUAACAUUAGAUGUAGGUUCAUACCAAAGAGAUUUAGAGAAGAAAAAAUUUAGCUUAUUAACUCCUAUUGUUGAGGAAAUAUCAAGGCGAUUUAUCUUUGAUGAAACAGAAAUCUAAUAAAAAAAGAUUCAGUAAGUUAUUGGUUAAAAAUUAAAUUAAAAACUAAAUAAUCACUUUGAGAAAAACAUUAAAGAUAAAAAUUCAUUUUUGAUUGAUUCACUUGAACAAGAUGAUUUAUCUUUCUAGGGAUUUGAUUUAUAGAGAUAAUCAAAAAUAAAUCAAUCAAUCGAAAAUAAAUUUAACUGUUAAGGAUUUUUACCUAAGUUAUAAUCUAUAAAAUUAGAUUAAAUUACUCUUAACCAACUAGAAGAAGAGAAACCUUAAACAAACGUGUGUUAAUUUAGUAGCAUUUUGAUUAAAUAAAAGAAAAUUCUAUUUUAUUUUACAAUAAGAAAAGCUCUAUAAUAAGUAGUAAGUUAGUAUGAAGGAAUUCCAAUAUUAUUUUAACUUAACAAAAUAUAAAAUUAGAAAAAAAAGGAAGCAAAAUACAAAGCUGCAAUGAAAGAGCAUAUCCAUAAAAAUAAAAAAGAGUUUAUGAACAAUAUAUUCUAUUAAAAUGUUAAGAAAAAAAAACAUUUUUAAAAAUUAAUUAUUGUUGUUAUAGAUGAUCAAAAUAUUAUUGAUUAAAGCGAAUAAGAAUUUUAAUUACUUUUAAACAAUUUAAAAAAUUUUUAAUGA